GAUUUCGCGGGUGCUCCGCGGCCGGAAGGGGCGGCUCGGUUCGGUUUCCGCGGCGCACUCGGACACGUGCUUUUGUGAGAGCGGGUGCCGCUGGCCCGGCCUGGGGGAUGUCGCGUGAGGGCGGCGGCAGCGCGCUCUUCUCGGGCUUUCGCGCGCUCGGCCUUUACUCCAGCCACCUGCCCCACGUGCUGCGCUACCACGCGCGCCACCGCGAGUUCUACCUGCUCACCGCGGCGGGAAGGAGCUUCCACACCUACAACGUAAAGAAACUUGGUAUAGUUGCAGUUAGUAAUGCUUUAUUACAAGACAUUACUUGUUUGGCAGCAGACAGAAUGUUGGUCUUUGCUUCAUAUGGCAACCUUCUCCAUGCUUUUGCCCGCAACAAAGAGGUAGUUCAUAUAUAUGAGGGUCACAAAGGAGAGAUUCACCUUUUGCAGCCGUUUGGUGAUCAUGUCAUCUCUGUGGAUAUUAAUAAUGUUCUUAUUGUUUGGGAUAUACAGUCAGAAGAAGAAUACCUACAACUGAAUUUUGAUAAGGCUGUUUUUGCAGUUUCUGCAAUUAUGCAUCCAAGUACCUACUUAAAUAAAAUUCUUCUUGGCAGUGAACAAGGAAGCCUGCAAUUAUGGAAUGUAAAAUCCAACAAACUUUUAUACUCCUUUCCAGGAUGGGGCUCUGGUGUGACAACCCUUGAACAGGCACCAGCAGUUGAUGUAGUUGCAAUCGGUCUCGUGUCUGGUCAUAUCAUUGUGCACAACAUUAAGUUUGAUGAAACACUGAUGAAAUUUCAGCAAGACUGGGGUCCCAUCACAGCAAUAUCUUUCCGUACAGAUGGGCAUCCAGUCAUGGCAGCUGGAAGUCCUAUUGGACAUAUUGCACUGUGGGAUCUUGAAGAGAACAAGCUAAUUAGUCAAAUGCGAAAUGCCCAUUCCACAGCUGUAGCUGGAAUGUCAUUUGUCCAGGGAGAGCCACUUCUUGUUACUAAUGGUGCAGAUAAUGCUAUAAAGAUAUGGAUCUUUGAUGGCCCUGGAGGUGGUGGUCGUUUGUUGAGAUGCCGAAUGGGACAUAGUGCUCCUCCAACAAAAAUCAGAUACCAUGGGCAAAAUGGUCAACAAAUUCUCAGUGCAGGUCAGGAUGGAACCUUGCAGUCUUUUUCUACAGUGCAUGAAAGGUUCAAUAAAAGUUUAGGACAUGGUUCUAUAAACAAAAAGAAAUCAAAAAAGAAAGGUCUUCAGUAUGACACACUGGCUCUUCCACCCAUCACAACAUUUGCAACAGAGAUAGCACGUCAGAAUGACUGGGAUGGGAUCAUUGCUUGCCAUCAAGGUUAUAUAACUUGUACAACCUGGAACUACCAGAAAACUUCCAUGGGAGCCCAUAAACUGAAACCAAAAGCAUUCAGCAAAAACAAACCUCUUAAUAUAUAUGCAACAGCAGUUGACAUUACUACAUGUGGAAACUUUGCUGUAAUUGGGCUUUCAACAGGACAUAUAGAUGUAUACAACAUGCAGUCUGGCAUUCACAGAGGACAUUAUGGUGAAGAAAAAGCGCAUGAAGGUGCUGUUAGAGGGGUAGCAGUGGAUGGAUUAAACCAGUUGACAAUCACAGCUGGAAGCGAAGGAUUAAUUAAAUUCUGGAAGUUCAAAACCAUGGACUUUAUUUACUCUGCUAAUCUCUCUUCUUCUCCAAGUGCAAUGUUGCUUCACAGAGACAGUGGUAUUCUGGGAAUUGCCUCGGAUGACUUUGGGAUUAGUAUUUUGGAUAUAGAAACAAGAAGGAUCGUCAGGAAGUUCUCAGGACACCACAGCCAGAUUAAUGACAUGGCUUUCAGUCCUGAUGGCCGUUGGCUAAUUACUGCAUCAAUGGAUUGCACCAUUAAGACUUGGGACCUCCCAUCCGGAUGCCUCAUAGAUUGCUUUUUGUUAGACUCAGCAGCUAUCAGCAUUUCUAUGUCUCCUACUGGAGACUUUCUAGCUUCCUCGCAUGUAGAUGAUCUUGGAAUUUAUUUGUGGUCUAACCGUUCCUUGUAUUCACUUGUCUCUUUACGGCCACUUCCAGCAGAUUAUGAGCCUUCUGUAAUAAUGCGUCCUGGAACUUGUCCUGCCCAAGACGUGGACAUCACAGGAGAUGAAGAAACAAGUGAUGAAAUGAUUGUCUAUAGUUCACCAGAGCAAUUGGAAAAGCAGCUAGUGACCCUGUCAUCGCUUUCUGAAUCAAGAUGGAAAAACCUCCUCAGUCUUGAUAUUAUCAGGAAAAAGAAUAAACCAAAAGAGCCACCGAAAGUUCCCAAAUCCGCUCCAUUCUUCAUUCCAACAGUUCCUGGCCUCGUACCACGAUAUGCUGCUGCUAAGCAAGAAAAUGAACAGCAGUCAAAGGUGGUGAACCUUGGAAUAUUAGCACAGAAAUCUGAUUUCUACAUUCAACUUGAAGAAGCCAUGAGCAGUAAUGAGUAUAAGUCUCCACUUAGUAUUCUAAAGGAAAUGGGACCAUCUGGUAUUGAGACAGAGCUAAGAGGAUUAGCUCCAGAAGGUGGUGGCUCUCUAGAUGUGAUGAAAAGCUUUUUGAGACUGAUUGGGACGAUGUUGAAUUCGAAAUGUGACUUUGAGCUGGCCCAGGCAUACCUUGCAUUGUUUUUAAAGUUGCACCUUAAAAUCAUUUCAUCAGAGCCAGUCUUGCUGGAAGAAAUCGCUAAAGUGUCAAUCCAACUAGAGGAAACCUGGAUCCAUUUACAAACUCUCUUCAAUCAAAGUCUCUGUGUGUUAAAUUAUAUGAAAAGUGCUUUGUUAUAACGUGUCUUUGUUCCUAUUUAAGGAUAUUAAUGUUGGAUAAUCCUCUCAGAUUGAUGUCAAUUUUUUACUUUGGAGAUAUGUAUUGUUGGAACCAGAAACUUAUUUUGUAUGUCUUUUAGAUAAUACAAAAUUGAAUAUUUAACUUUUAUUUAGCUCAUUUAAAUUCAGUGUCAGAAUUUGAACCUAAAAAUGUUAAAAUGAAAGUGCUUGGUUAAAUGAUUUUUGGAAGUAAUGUAAAUAAUUUUUAAAGAUGAAUAAACAUUAAGGACAAAUGUAGUGUAGCAAAGCUAUAUUAUCAUGACCAAAAACAUAUAAUGCGACGACAAAUUUUAAGAGACAAAAAGCAAUGCAUCUGCCAGUCUGUAUAUAGAAAAUACUUUGUCUGUGUUAGACUUAUGCAGCAGUUUACAAAAGCUAUUAGUUUAACAAAUGUUAAUUAUGAACUAACAUAGUGAUACAGAAACCCUGCACAUCUUCUUGAAGUCAAUUGUCAUUGUCACAAAUAAGUACUAGCUAAAUCCAAUUUGAAGAAACUAGUUUGUUUUCACA